ACCACUGUCAGUACCAGGAGGACGACAACGAUGACAACGAAGACCACAGUGCCUACCACUGUCACCAUGACAACAACUACCGUGACAACUGUUGCCACAACAACCACAGUGACUACAGUUGUCACAACAACCACUGUGACUACAGUUGUCACAACAACCACAGUGACUACAGUUGUCACAACAACCACAGUGCCCAUGGUUAUCACCCAGAGCACAAUUCCCAACAAUCCUCUCUUGUACCCUACACUCAUCCCGUCCCUGGUCGUGAUACCGUUGCUGCUUGUCUGCAUCUGCUGCUGCAAGAGGAUCGUUAAGGAGCCACCACCAGCCCAGAAACCAGAAAAAAAGCCAUGCCCUGUACAGACCAGGGUGAUUGUCUCCUGCUGUGGGUGCCAAGAAGACAGGAUGAAACAGAUGGAGGGAAAACUGGAUACUUUUUAUGACUUUGUCCAGCUCUGCAGCCAGCUGCCAUUGAUGUGGUGUCCGCCCAGGGACAUGGGGAGGUGCAUCAACUUCACCUUAAUGAAUCCCCACUGCACACAAAUGUUCUGUGGCCCAAAGAUCUGCCUUCAACCCAGCCAGGAGUGCUUCCCCCUCAGUAGCUGCUGUUCACAUGGUCAACAUCUCCCACCCAUAUGCUCUCAGUCACUCUCCAGGAUGCUGCCGCUGAUCCCUCGUACUGCCCGGAAGCUCUGCAGAAGUACUUUGUCACUCCCACCCCCGUAGCCCAACAUCUAAAGCACCAAAACACAAAAUUGUUAAGAGCCCCUUUUGUACUGAAUUGGACACAUAUACUGUGUUUGGGUUUCCAGUCAAAAGGAGUUGGGAUUUGUUGUUGAUUAGCAAGAGAGUUUGUUACCUGGUGAGCACUGCUCCACUGUAUGAGAUGCAGCUAUACUGCUCCUGCCAGAACAAAGCACCCUGGUGUCCUGUGGAUGUAGACAUGAUGAGUCUCAUUCCCCACAGACAGGUCUUCAUCUGUCACCAUGGGUUGAGAUACGUGGGGUUUUAGCCAAAAUAUGCUCUUUCCAAAAAGCCCAAAAUAUCUUUAAUGUAUGAA